AUGGCACAAACGGAGAACACCGCGCUCCGGCGAAUAUUCACCCAAGGGAAGGGACUGUGGGUGCUGUUCUGGUUGUUGCGAGAGACCAUACCCACCGUAUGGCCAUGGGGCUGGAUCUCCUUCCUCUCCUUGUCAUCGUACAGAGAGCAGAAAUUGCUACCAAUCCCGUGCGGGACGAUCUGGUUGCUGGUGGCGGGAUUGUCCAUGGUAGCUGUAGCACUUGGGUGGGGAUAUUUACAGCACACGCGUGAAAUCGCUCAGCUGAAACGAGGCUCUGGCGACCUAGAUGGAUCUCAAAAAUACUAUGCCGGUUCUUCGGCAACGUGUCGGAAUCGUCUCACCGAACGAACCGUCCCGGAACCCAGAUCCCCUGCUGAGGAGCAUACUCCAUGCCCUAGACUGAAUGUCGAAGAGCAAGAUCAAGCGCCCAAGCCGCCAAUCCAUAGCCAUAAUACGCAGUCUGAAAAGGCCACUGACGAGCAUACUCCGCGCUGCGAAUCGAGCGACGAGGAGCAUAUAACACGCUCCGAGCCGGCUCCUAACGAGCACACACCGUGCAUGGCAUCAACUGUCAAUAGUGAUUUGUCUCAGCCUAGAGCUACCGUCGAUGACGACAUUCCGCGCCCCGAAUCAACUACCGACCAGCACUCACCAAACUCCGAAUCCACCGUCGAUGAACACAUCACACAUAAGAAAAAGAAGGCAGAUUGGCUGGCUGGAAAGAAAGAAGCCAAGAAGAAGUUAAAAGAGCAGAAAAGAAGCCAAACGGCGGACGAGCAUAAGAAUGUAGAGGCGGAGAGACCCCAGCACGGGACUAGGCGCGGGCAAGAGGUACGGGGAGCCGGUAGAGGCCGCCAGGGGCAAAGGAAUCGAGGGACUUACCCAACCCGCCGUCGUUCUGACAUGCCCUCCAUUCUGAACGCAACGUCAAGCCACAUAGUCAUAAACCACAACCAUCUAUCGCCAAUGCCAAGCACGUACCGAUCAGCGCCUUCGGCACUAUGCCACUUUCUCAAUGAGCCUCGGCCAACGUGGGGUAACGGACAGUACGGCAUACCUCCUAUGACUUCAGAUUAUCAUGCGGAAUAUCUUCGGUUUGAUUGGCCUUAUUUGCCUUCUUCUCACCACCCAAAUCCCAUCGAGUCGCUCCUGGGCACUCCAGUCCCGCGAGAUACCUACCGGAUGCAACCUUUUCGGCCACUGGGAAUUGGCCAGGAUUAUCCGUCAUCGCCUCCAAUAUCUCAGUCGAGCUGGACGCCAUGGACGCCAUCACCAGCUGAACGAGCCUUGGUGAAUGCGGCGAACCGAACAGACAUACGAGCACAAGCGUCUCCGGUGAAGCGGCCUGGAUAUCCCAUGAUUGGUGGGCUUGGCCAAAUAUCUUCGCCAUCGCCUAGUCUCUCUCAGCCUUCUUCUAGUCAUCUAGUUCCGUCAGAGGCCGCUCCCUCCAGUGCCAAAGAACAGCGAGAAGAGGCAAUGGGCCACCUGGAAGAUGGUGAGGCGAAGGUCAGAUCCGAAGAAGGCGAUUGUACGCCGAAGGCCGUGGCAAAGAGCAUUAACCAAUGCGACGCCGUUCCAGAGGUCCCGGAAUUAGAGCAGAAUGCUCUUGCAGACAGCCCCUCCGCUGACUGCGUGCCGAUCAACUAUGAAUCCGCCCCGGAAAAGGGCUACAACCUUCCGCGUUCGAGGACCUGGUCUUAUCUUUCAGAAGACUCCGAUGACGGGCGCAGUCUAACCUAG